CACCACUAUUUUGCGAGUCUGGUCACACUCUGGGCAAUAAAUAAAGAAAAGGCGGAAGGUUCUGCUAAGAAAAUUAACAAAAUUAGGUUAAAUUCUAGACGCCGCUCACUUUCUCCCGCAAGACUUACGACACCGCGCCACACCACACCACACGACAAAAUGCCGCGAUACAGGGAGUGGGACCUGGCCUGCAAGGUGUAUGUGGGCAACCUGGGCUCCUCGGCCUCCAAGCAUGAAAUCGAGGGGGCCUUCGCCAAAUACGGACCGUUGCGGAAUGUGUGGGUGGCCCGCAAUCCGCCCGGUUUCGCCUUCGUGGAGUUCGAGGAUCGCCGGGACGCGGAGGACGCGACGCGUGCCCUGGACGGAACGCGCUGCUGCGGCACCAGAAUCCGCGUGGAGAUGUCAUCGGGUCGCUCCCGGGAUCGCCGGCGCGGAGAGGGCGGUAGCACUAGUGGACGCUCUGGUUCCGGGCGCUACAGGAUAACUCCUUCGGCUAGAACUACUUCCACUGCUACUUCUUCCUUCUACAACAUCAACAAUCUACAACAGCAACCAUCUUCACAGCCACAGCCAGCAACCUUCAACUUGCAACUCUAAAUUAUCCAUGUUCAGCGUCACAGCCUCACAGAAGUUUUGAUUAGCAACCCAAAUGAUUUCAUCUUCGAAGAAGCAAUGCAGUCGCCAAAAGAGUUCUACUAACGAAGUUAUCCUGCGUAUCCUUCAAAUAAUUGCUUACAAUUAUUUUCUUUAAUUUAGUUGCCAAAGAUUAGGAGUAUAUUUUACGGUUUAAUGAUUUACAUUUAGUUUUAUAUGGCCAUAUUUCUCUAAAUACCCACUCUAGUAAUGAGAAACCUGGCCUAGAUCUUGUGUAACGCAAUCAAGUAUUAUAGAUUUGUCCGUCCAUUUUGUCAUCGCGAUCCGGUUCUUCCAACAAUGUAGAAAGCUUUAAAACGUAGGUUACCAGAGUUAUUAUAAAACAUCACAGCAGCUAUAGUAGUGGGGUUCCAGCUUACUAAUUGAUUCAUUUGAGCUAAACAAUUUGCACAGCUUUCAUUUGUGUUUAUAUUGUGAGUCUGAUACACUCCGGCCAGCAUUUAUUUUUAGAGCCACACUUUUUCAGCACUUUGUAAGGCGCGUAUGUACAUACACUUCUUACUACUCUAAGCAGCUAGUUGUAUUGACUUGUUUAAAUUGGGAAGUAAUCAUAUCUUCUUUACCAACGCGUUUAUUUCAGGUCCCGCUCGCCACGUCGCUCCCGAUCGCCCCGCAGCCGCAGCUUCUCGCGCGAUCGUCGAAGUCGCUCGGACUCUCGCGAUCGGCAUUAAAAUAUUUCCCAAAAAGGAUAACAUUUAAGCAGUGUCGCAAUCAAACAAGAAGCGUGGCCAAGGCCGACUUUUUGGUAGGGUUUCCUAAGUUGAUUGCGAUGUAAGUACAUUUUCUUCAGAUGACAAUAUAAAUCUUUCGAUGCAUUCUUAAAAUUCCUUUUUUUUACUAAGAAAUAAAGACGCACAAUCAGCGAG